UGUCUCUGUCUUGUCUCUCUCUUGCUUGUCUUUGCUAGUAAGUCAGUCAGUCACUGGUGAUUGAUCGUCGAGCAGCACAGGGCCGAGAUCUCUCCAUUCGAGACCGAGACGAGGUCCGACAAGGAGCCGAGGAUGAGUGCGCGGCCGUCGUUGGCGCCCUCGCGGCAGGCCUCGAUGGCUUCUGGCAUUGCGUCGCCGUCGCCAUCGCACAUCGCAGCAGGCGGCAGCGGCGGUGUCGUCGGCGGUAGCGGCAGCGGCAGCAGCAGCACUGGAGGAGGAGUCGCAGGGGCAGCCACACGCUUCCGGAGGCUGGUCUGGGAGGCCGCGAUCCCCGUCGUCGUCGGCGUAGAGUCGGGCGACCUGCCCUCGGGCUCGGACCGGUCAGUGGAGACGUACUAUGCCUCGGCCGCACGCAUCUCGUACCUGCCCCUGCUUCUGGCCGAGGUGCGCCGGAACCUGCUCCCGCUCGUCCUCGAUGGUGCGGCGCUGGACAAGAUUGAGGAAAAGGACUGCUGGUUCGCCUUUGAGGGGACGCCCCUGCGGUGGCACUGGCCCAUCGGCCUGCUGUACGACUACCACACCAGCAACGCGGCGCCCUCGCAGCACCGCAUGCGCACUCCGUCGGCCUCGUCACCCCUGUCGAGCCGCAGGGCGUCGCAUCAAGCGCCGCCGCCGUCCGACGAGAGCUACUUUCCCGGCCCGCCUUCCUCCCUCGCGCUUCCUCCGCAGGCGCAGCAGAAUCAGCAACAGCAGCAGUCACAACAGCAUUCACAACAGCAGUCACAGCAGCAGUCACAGCCACAGGGCCCGCCGAUACCCUGGCGGCUCACGCUGCGGCUCAGGAACCCGCCGCUGGACAAGCUGCACUCGACGGCGGGGCUCGCCUCGUGCCGCGCGAGCUUCAUGAGCAUGCUCAAGGAGGCCGACUUUGUCCGCUACGGCAGCACCAAGCGCGUCACGAACCUGCGCAAGAGCGACCAGGACCAGCUGUGGGACGGCGUUGUGCAGCACGACUUCGACCUCUACUGGGCCGUCGCCGCGAAGCUCGUGCCCGUCGUGCCCGAUGGCCUGCCCCCGCUGCAGCAGCCCACGCACGACCGCUCGCGCACGGCCUCGGCGGCGGGCGACGACGAGCGCUUCAACACCGUCUCGUCGACGGCGACGGCGCGGCCAUCGCUGACGCAGCAGCACAACGAGUCACAGACGUCGCUCGCCGCCGCCAGCAUGCACAGCGUCGCGCCCUCUGAGGCGCCCUCGCUUGCCUCAACAGCCGCUGGCCCUGGCCCUGGAUCUGGCUCGUCCUCGUCGGCCGUCCGCAGCGUGCCGAUGCGCUUCCACCUCGUCGACGGCGCGCCCAUCGUCCAGGAGCCCGUCGCGCCCUACCUCGACGACGGCCGGCCCAACACCAUCCACCUCGUCCUCUCGGGCCUCUUUCCGCUCCUCUUUCCACCCACACCCACCUUUGGCACCCACGCCGCGCCGCCGCCUGCGCUGGCCUACCCUGUCGUGCAGGGGAUACGCCUCCCACUCGAGACCGACGUCGCCUGGCUCGGCGCCGCCCUGCCCAGCGCCGACGGCUGGGUCGCCGUCUGCAUCAAUCUCCUCAUCGACGGCGAGGAGCCUGUGCCGCUGCCGCCGACCAGCCGGCUUGGCCUGUAGUCCUUCUUUUCCCCUGCGAUAACUCUGCAAUACUCGAU